GUGCAUUGUCUCCCCACCACUCCCCCCGACCCAAUGAACAAGAAGGUUGUCAGUUUCACAGUUCUUGAAGCCAAACACAGAUUCUUCAGACGUUUACCGAUGGCGUCCAACAACACCACCAUCCCCCAGAAGAACUCCCCUAUCACCCUUCCUCUGCCCAUCAGCGCCACAGCCUGGGGCGGCAUCGCCAUCCUCACCUUGGCGUUUCUGCUUGGAUUCCCUGGUAACCUGUUCGUGGUUUGGUCGGUACUCUGCCGGGUGAGGAAGCGCUCGGUGACAUGUCUGUUGGUGCUGAAUCUGGCUCUGGCGGAUGCCUUCGUGCUGCUCAGUGCCCCUUUUUUCCUGCGCUACCUGGCUGGAGGUCGGGGUUGGGAGUUUGGAUCAGCGGCAUGCAAGCUGGUGCAUUACCUCUCAAGUGUCAACAUGUACAUGUCCAUUUACCUGAUCUGCCUGAUGAGCAUGGACCGCUGGUUGGCUGUGACGAGGCCUUUCGUGUCCCAGAGAUUGAGGACCAAGAAGACCCUGCUGCUUAUCCUGCUGGGGGUCUGGGUGUUGGCCUUUGCCCUGUCCCUGCCGAUGCCCUUCUACCGCAUUGAUAAGAAAAUACCACUAUCAAAAAACCUCACCAUAAGUUUAUGUAAGGUGUACCACAGGAGUAUGGGUCACCGCGUCUUCCAGUACCUGUUUGAGACCAUCAUGGCCUGUGUCGUGCCCUUUUCCCUCAUCAACACCUGUUACUCCUCCGUCAUCUGUCGUCUGCAAAAUGCCAAGUUCCAGCGCAGAGCACAAGGCAGCCGCCUAAUCUUGAUGAUCAUCUGUGCCUUUGCAAUAUUCUGGUUGCCCUAUCACAUCGUCAACAUAAUCGAGGUAGUCGGUGUGCUGCAAAACAGCACGUCAGUGACCAAGGCUGCCCUCGCAGCCCGUCCAAACGUCACAGCCUUUGCUUACUUCAGCAGCGCGGUCAACCCAAUUCUCUACGUGUUCGCCGGCAGCUCCCACAUCCGCCAGGCUGGCCUCAGCUUCAUGGGCAAGCUCUUCGAGGCGACCUACUCAGAGAGCAGGACCACAUCUACGUUUACACGUAGCGGUCGCAGCAGCUCUUCCCCAGACGAGAGCUCUGUCCUGCACACUUUGUCGGUCAAACUUGGCAGGCCUUUCAAAAGCAAGGACAAGGAUAGAAACGACAGCGUGGCCGGCGGAGACCCGAAUACGCCAGAACUCAGGACUCUGGCAAGCGUUGAGCAGUUGGAGUAGCACUUCAUCUGCUCAAGUCACCAUUCUUGGACUACUUCUCUUGAUUAAUUGAUAACUCAGACUGUGUUGACUCAAAUGAUCUUUUAUUAUUGAGCUGUAAAGCCUGAGUUUGUAAGACCACUCCAGUUUCCAAGAGGAAAAUAGCAAUGCAUCAAACCAAUUAUCCAUCUCACUGAUCCAUGAAUAACCAACACCUAGAAAUGUCACUUUCAAUAAUGUCUUAUGCUUGUCAAUUCACAAUUUCAAUCUGCUUCUUGAUUUUAUGUAUGUAUUUUCUUUGAGUGGAUGAAAAGCUGUUGGCAUGCCAUACAGACUACAAUUUUGGCAAGUCUAUCACUGAGUUUGUCCACCACUUAAGAAUGGACUUCAAUUUGGACCAUCUUCAAAACUACUGGAUGUAUUGGCAUAACAUUUGGUACAAAGACGUGUGCUACAAAGAAGAUUAUUAUUAUUAUUAUCUUUAUUUAAAUUUGAAAAUCAUUGAGAGGAAGCUCUCAUUUACAAUGACGACGAGCAUAUAAAGAAACAUUAAAAU